AUGCCCCGACUGUCUACUCCUCAGCUACGGAACAUCCUCGAUGCAUUUCAAGAGUCCGGGGUCACUGUGUCCGACUUCAUAGUGUCUGUCUUGUGUUCCAGGGACGACGUGGUUGAUGAAGCAAUUGAGAACAUAGGUAACAACCUUGUGAACAUCUUGCUAGUGUUCCACGAGAACCCACGCGUGCACGACUCAAUGUCUGCUUCGAUACACCGCCUCGCGAAGACGAUGUACAUGAGUGAGCUAGCAUCCGUGUCGAAGAAGGAGGCAGGCAUGCACUUUAAUGCACACUGGGCAACAGAAGCGGACCUGGAAGGCUUCGAACUUGUCGGACUCGUGGAGAAGCUCACGUCUUUGGCUCCCCAUGUCUGUGAUCUCGUCGAUGGUCUACUUAGUGCAGACCCUGUACUAACGAGACGGCGACACAAGCGGCGACGCAAGCGAUGUCGCGCAAAAAGACGUGAGCGCGAGGCUCGCGAGCACCCAUGCCCUGCAAAUCUGGUCACAGCACCGGACAUCGUCAGCUCGAAUAGCGCGGUCGCAGAGGACAACGUACCCAAAAACAGACCGUCCGAUUCGCCGGUUGAUAGCGACGCGGGAUUGUGGGCGCAGCUCCCGCAGUUCCCGCAGGAAGAAGACCCGGCGCCGGGGCCGGCGGAGGAGUACUGGUCGGAGCUAUUGGAUAUGGACGUCGACUUCGAUAUGCUGGAUGUAGAGGAGUAUGAUGAUGAAGAGGAUGUCGGGGGCGAUGACAAUGGUGAGGUCGAUGACGAUGACGAUGGUGAUGACAAUGGUGAGGGCAAUGAUGAAGACGAAUACUUUGAUGGGCUGGAGCCUCUGCUCGAGGAUCCCGAUGAUCCAGAGAGUAUGAUGGACCCGUACAUGGAAGAGGAACACUACGAAGCAAUCCUCAAAAUGAAACGAACGCUCUGCAUGAGCCUGAUGAUGCAGAGUACGAAUCAACGGUCAAACGCACUGCAAAGUGUCAUAGGUCUUUACCUCCAUUCUUGCAAUGCACCUGAAGCUGUGGUGGAUCUUCUCGCGCGCAUUGGCGUUGCCAUCUCGCGCACCGCAAUUGACGACGCAAUCACGAACCUGUCAAAAGAGUCGGCGGCGGCAAUGAAACGUUUAGGAUGUACAAUGCUAACCUCCAUUGCCUACGAUAACUUCGACGUCGAGCUCAAGCAUGUUGUUCCAACUGCUGAGAAGCCGCAUGACUCACUAUUACAUAUGACGUCGGGCACUUUCAUCCCUCUCGACCACGGCGCGACCCUUGGAGACCUUCAAUGUUCGGAUGACCUGUGGAAGGAGUCGCCAUACAACCCAGAAAGCACGAAAGGAGCCGAAGAAAUUGAUUGGAAAGAAUUGCUCACCCUGUAUCCCCAAAACAGUCACCCUUCCGGUCUCGAUUGCCGAGAGCGUUUUAACACUUGGGUGUUCAAACACGAUCUCUUUGUCCACGGUCCAGAAUACUUCCGCCAAUUCCUGGCGAAACUCGAUGAGCCCGACGCGAUCGAUCAUAUUCCCCUGGUCAAAUCACGAAAGGUGCCUGCUGAAGCCAUGGACAUCAAUCAGUCUUCGGUUCAAGGCAACAUUGAGGCACUAAAUACCUUGUUCAAGCAGGCAGGAAUCGGGGAUCCAACAGAUCUAGACGACGAGGAACAGGCGCACAGGCAUGAUGUAGGGGACCAUGUUGUCCUCGUACACGGUGAUCUUGCAACAUGCGAGCGCGUUCAGAGCCUGCGCCAGUCGCGUGGAGAGGAGAAAACAGCAUUCCGCAGGUUCCAGCUCGUGAUCUUUAUCAUCGGGCUCUUCCACUUGAAGAUGGCGUGUGUCGACGCAAUCUGGAAGAUCUUCAUUUAUCCCAAACUGGCACGGCAAGACGAAACAAGUCUAAUGAAGCAAGCUGCUGAGAUUCGACCCAAGGAGACGGGAAAGAUCGGGAGCAAACCUGGCUUCCGACGCAUGCACGAGAUCGUUCAGCACGUAGGCGCUGUCUCGCGUCUCGAUUGCUGGCGGGAGGAGGUGUCAUUGCGCGACCCGUCCUUCACGUCGCUUGAUGCAUGGGCAAAGUCAGCGCCUUCCAUGGAUGACAUCGAAGAGAUUGCAAAUGUACUUGUGAAGAAAUAUGUCGCCAACACAGACAUGUCCGAGCGCUAUUUCCUCCUGUACGAGGAGCUGGCAUGGAGUAUGAACGUAGGUGAUAUAGGGCGAGUCGAGGACUGCUUCAUGCCAUCGGUCUUCAUCUUCAAAGGCUGUGGAAAGCACAAAUACGCGACCCAAAUGGUGCGUUUCGUGCACGAUCUACACUUCGUCUAUCCUGCCAAACUUCGACAAGUGAUCCGUAUGAACAUCUUAUGUAACCCAACUGGAAAGAAAAACCACUUCCGCGCAAUUGACUGGUGGGUCGAACACAACAAUCUCUAUAUAAAGCAAAUAUACGGAGGCCAGUUCUCGAACCGUACAAAGUGCCACAUCAUGAAAGAGUCUGCACUCGUCGAAGUGUUCAAGAACAUUCGAAUCAGCCUCGAGGACAUGUUCGCGUUAGAACACAGAACAUACAAACACUCGCCACCAAAGCUACAGCACACGUUCCGCAAAUUGGCUCGCUACAUGCAAAACACGAAGACGCACAGUAUGAUCGCAGGUCGCACAAGCUCGUACACAAUGGUGGAUGCGUCGGAGACAGGAUUACUGAAAAUGGUCACAUCGGGGUGGAAUAGUGGGGACGAUGGGGUCACUGGUCCAACUGCGGAUGUCGCUGUGGAAGACGAGCCUGAGAUCAAUGCGGAUGGUGGUGAUCUAGAUGUAUGA